AAAAGAUCUCUGUGGAGGUCUUGCUGUGUUAGUCGAGACUCAGAGGGUUGGAGAACACAGAGGAAAUCUGUUAGCCCGCGAUGGGUUAUGGCAAACUGUGCCUGUUGCUGCUGUUGAGCAGUUACACAUUGGCUCAGGAACGCAGUGACAAUAAUGAACAAACUGCAACAUGUCUGUGGGCAUCCAGAUUCAAGGCCCACAGGAAAUAUGUGUACCAGUACACCACAGAAAGCAGAAAUGGUGCUGUGGGCACCGCCAACCUGAGGAACGGCCCUAAAGUCUCUUGUCAGGUGGAGAUCGAAGUCCCUCAGAUGUGCAGAUUCAUCAUGCACACCAGAGACUGUGCUCUCAGUGAGGUGUCGGUCAUCAAUCCACAGGGCAAACCGGUGUACACACAAGCCCGUGGCUCUGAAACCUUCCAGGCUGCCAUGGAAAAGAACCCUCUGAAGUUCACCGUGGAGGAUGUCACCAGUGUCCAGCUUUACCCUGAGACAGAUGAGCCAGUCAACAUUCUCAACAUUAAGAGAGGAAUCAUUUCAGCCAUCAUUGUGCCCAUCAAGGAAGAUGAACAGAACAGCCUCAUGAGUACAGUCCAUGGCCUGUGUUCAACAGACUACGUGGUGAAUGCCAAGAAGGAUAUUGCCACAGACGUGACACUGUCCAGAGAUCUGUCCGGGUGUAACCAGUUCUACAGCAGGGAACUAGCCAACAGCCCCCUGGCCUUGCUGCAAAAACUGCAUAACCCCAUGUCUAAGAUGAUCACAAGCACUCAAGCCUGCAGUUACCAGUUUGAUAACAAGGGAAAGCACAUCACAAAUGCCAUGUGCACAGAAAAACACAUCUACUUGCCCUUCUCCCAUGAGGACAAUGGAAUAUCAUCUGUGGUGACCCAGGAUCUCAGCUUUCAAAGCUCCAGAAGGAUCAGCAACAGAGUAUUUGACGUGAGCCACAGCCAGAGCAAACCACUCCAUUUUGAAGACCCUGACGAUAAAGCUCCAAUCCAGACGAAGGACAGUGUUCUGAGCACCCUGCGGGAGCUCAUGGCAUUGGCAGGCACAGAGCAGGGUCAGAAGAGGACUAGCCUUUUCCAUAAACUGGUGUCCGGCUUGCGUGUUCUGAGGAACGACACACUGAGCCAGACGGUCACUGAGAUGAUGGAUAUUUCAGGCUGGCUCAGCUGGCAGGCCCUGCUCCAGUGUGGAACCUCAGAGUGCACAAGUGCCAUCCUCCAGACCAUUUGGACCAUUGAUGGAGUGUCACUGGAGGUGGACGCUCUAGUCUAUGGGCUGAGUCUGCAGGCCAACCCUGAUGCCGCACGUGUCCGAGACAUGCUUAGCAUGGCUCAGUAUAAACAGAGCAAGGCAAUCAUGUAUGCUCUGGCCAACACAGUAAAGAAAUUCCAUAAAGGAGAGGCUACUCCAGUCAUCACAGAUGUGUCAAAGUUCAUGGAAACACUCUUAAAUGACUGCUCUGGAGAAAUCCUUGAUUAUGACACCGACUCUCCCGCUGACCCUGAUGAGACAGCCUUCCUUGUACUUAGGGUUGUUGGUGUCAUGGGUCAAGCCUUACAAGCUGCCAGUCCCAGCUUGAUUUCCUCUAUUUUGCGGUGUGCUCAGAAAACAGACAUUCCAUUAUCAAACCAAAAGGCAGCUAUACAAGCCUUUAGGUUGAUGGAUAUCAGUGAAGAGACCAGAAAGGUUCUCAUGGAAGUGUACCGGGAUGAUCAGAGCCCUGUUGAAAAACGUGUAGCAGCCUACCUCAUUCUGAUGAAGAACCCAGACCAAGUCCUGGUUAGAGACUUUGUGAACAAUUUGGAUAACAUGAAGGAUGAGCAGCUCAAGAGCUUUGUGGUCUCCCACCUGAACAACAUCCACAACUCAGACGAGCCACAAAUGUAUCAAUUCAAGGAGUACAUCAAGUUGGCCUUGAAUGAACAGCUAUCAGCCACAAACAAGGCAUUUGAUGGCAUGUCACGCAAUUACAAAAUAAACUCUCGCUUGGGGUCAGUACAGAGCAACAUUAUCUUCGAUGCCAUGAACACCUUACCUAAGGAGGUGAUGCUAGAGACCACACUAAAGGUUUUCGAUUACAACUAUGACAUCUUUGAGGUUGGCGUUGAGGGAACAGGAUUUGAACCAACAAUUGAGGCUCUCUUUGGAGAACAGGGUUUCUUCCCAGACUCCAUCUCCAAAGUUAUGUACUGGGCAGGUGACACAGUCCAGGUGCUCAGAAGGGUUUUGGGCAGAAUGGCCCCUGAUAGAGACAGAAUGAAGAGACAGGUCCCACAGGAUCUCCUGAAAGAUAUCACAAAGAGUCUCCAGAAGCUCAUUGAUGAUGUGCGUUUCUCUCAAGCCCCUGAAGCAAUUGCCUAUCUUCGACUACUGGGAAAUGAGAUAGGAUAUGUGAAGACCAGUGAAAUGAGAAAGAUGGCUGAGACUCUGUUCAUGUACUACCAUGUUUUCAUCAGGAUUCUGCCUGCCCAGGCUUUUUUUGCAAUAACAUCUAGGACUGAAAAUGAAGUCUUUGCGCACUACAUCUUUAUGGAGAAUGCGUUUUCCUUACCCACUGCCUCUGGCUUCCCUCUGAAGUUCUCACUGGCUGGUGUGUUUGCACCUGGCGCCAAAGGAGGCCUCUCUCCCUCCCUUGCAACAACUGACUUGUCCUUCAUGCCUUCAGUUGGGCUAGAAUUCAUCACCCAAAUGGGUGUGUAUAUUCCAGACUAUGUGGAGAGUGGGCUUGAAAUGCACACUAAUAUGUACCACGAGAGUUCCCUCAAUGCUAAGGUCACCAUGAAGAAAAACCAGAUUAGACUGUCUAUCCCUGCUCCUAAGUCAAACACUCAGUUGCUCAGUUUUAGUAACAAGCUGCUAUCAAUCUCUUCCGGUCAAACUGAAAUUGUGCCAUCCCUGGUAGAGGACCAGACUGACUCAACCGACUGCCAGCCUCUUUUCCGUGGUCUGAAAUUCUGUACACUAGCCCGUUACUCUAGUGCUGCUUCAUUGGACCAGGCCCCAUAUUAUCCUCUGACGGGAGAAACCAGGUUUGCAGUUGAAUUGCAGCCCACAGGAGAAGUUUCAGAGUACACUGCCACUAUCACUGAUGAAACACUCAGAGAGGGUAAAAAGGGUCGUCAUAAAGUAGAGUCUCUGAAGCUAACACUGAAGGCAGAAGGUGACGACUCAACAGAGGCCACUGUGUCUCUGAAAUACAAUCGCAACAGGAACAUUCUCACCACUGAGGUUGUCAUUCCUGACUACGAUGUGGAAGCAGGCAUCAAACUUGCUGUAACUGACAGUGAUGUCAAAGGAAAGAAGAUGCAUGGUAUCACUAUUGAUGUCACCAACAGGAACAUCCCACAGCUGACUCUUCUUGGACGUACGAGUAGACUUGACAUGAUGAAGGAUGCCAUGCUGCAACUCCAGAUGAUCAUUCCCUCUCUAAAAACCGAUGCCUCUUUAACUGCGACCCUGAAGAAGGAUGAGGAUGUGCUUAUGGACUUAGAGACAGUCAUCAACCUCCCUGAGACGUCCUACCAACAGAAAGCAUCCCUCAGAUAUGAUGAUGACAGGUUGGAACUGGAACUGAAAUCAGACCUGAAUUCAGAUAUUCAGAAACUUAUCCCAAAAGCAGAGGAUAAUCACAGGCACUUGCAACAGUUCAUUGAUCACAUAUUGGACCAGCAAGUGGCCAUGACGGACAUGAAAUAUCGUCACAUUAUCUCCAAAGGAAUUGAGGCAGGUAAUAUAUGGCUGGAAAAACUGACAGUGCGCAUUCCAUAUCUUGCAAACCUGCGAAGUAAGAGGAGCAUCUCAGAUCUCACCUUACCAGCCCUCCCGGAGAAACUGUUUCUGCAGUCUGAUAGCUUGUUCCGCUACCAGUUCAACAAGAACAAAAUGGCCAUCUCACUUCCUCUUCCACUUGGAGGCAAGAAGUCAGAAGAACUGAACAUCCCAACCACUCUGUCUAUGCCUCUCAUAGAUUUACCAGAAAUAGGCCUAUAUGUCCCUGCCAAUAACUAUCCACUACCAUCAUUCACUAUACCACCUUCCUUGGAUUUCACUGUUCCCCUUCUUGGUCUGGCCGAAGCAUCCACCAAGAUUAACAGCAACCUCUACAGCUGGGAAGCUUCCAUCUCAGGAGGCAACAACACCGUUGAUGUUCCUAGCUACAUUGCACAGGUCAAGUCCAUGGCACAAUCACCUUUCAGUCUACUGUCUUACAAGCUUGAAGGAACCGGAAUGAUGUCAGGAAGGGCUGAUGAUAAUCUCAAGUAUCUUCUGAAUAGUACCUUCAGCCAUAGCCUUAUUGACACAAGCUUCAGUGUCUCAGAAACGUUGAGAGUAACAAACAGAUUAUAUGCAAGAGCCAACUAUAAGAUUGAAGCAUCUAGUCCAAUAGGCCUACAUGCCUCUCUUUACUACUCUGCUCAGUCGACUUCUACUCUAGAUUCCGAUGAAGUCUCUGGAGAUGGCACUGUGGAUGGAUUACUUAACAUAGGUUCAUUCUACACCAAUACUUCAUACUCCCACAGUUACAACCUGCGUCCACUAGACAGAAAAGGAAGAGGAGAGUCUACUCUACACUUCAACUCACCAUUCAUCCAACUUCACAACGUGAUUCACGGAGACUACACAAACUCUGAGUUAAAUAUUGUGUCCAAAACCAAUGCCCAAAAGGACAUCCUCAGGCAUGUAGCGGAGCUCAAGUAUAAAGAUGGACAAAUGACCCUAAAAUGCAACACGAUUGCCACAGCCAUGAGUACAUCACUGAGUAAUAAAUUUGAGGUUGGUGUGUCCAGCCAUAUGGGCAUUCUCAGAAUUGAAUCGCAGGCAGAUGAUGAUACUAAUAGGGUAUACUCGCUUAUAACAGGAUCUCUGGAUUCAAAUGGGCUUGAGGCAAACUAUGAAGGAUCUCUCACCCUUGACAAAGGUUGUCAUGGAUUGCAUAAAACUUCUGUCAUGGCUGGCAGAAAUGGUCUGACCACAAGUGGAACUAACAGCAUUCAGUGCAGCCCUGUUAAAGUGGAGAAUGUCUUCAAUGGUGCCAUAGACAACAAUGGAGCAAGCCUGUCAUCCACAACCAAAGCAACGGCUGAAGAGAAGAAGGGAGAGCUGAACAUUGACAGUAAAAUCACAGCUGCGGAGGCCUCUUUGAAUGGUGUCCUCAAGGGCCAUGCAUAUGAUGCAACCACAAGAAACAAUAUGAAUAUUGUACUUAACCAAAGAGCUCUAACCUUUACUAGCAAUACUAUGGGAAAAAUUAAGCAGAUGAGUACAGAAAAUAGCCACACAUUGACCGUCACUUUAUGGACCCUAGCCCUCCACUCCAAAACUAACAACUUCAUCUGUGAAGAUAUUUAUUACAAACAAGACACCAAGGUUAAUAUGAAGCCAUUUGUUAUUUCAUUUGAUAUGUCAAAUGACUUCAAGUUUUAUGAUGCAAGUUUGAACACAGAAGGCCACAUGAAGCUUGAGCCAAUUAAGAUGGAUCUCAGCGGAAGUAUGAGGGGAGCUUAUGGAGAAGAACACAACAUUAAAAAUACCUAUGAACUCAACUAUGACAAUAUGGCUGGGACAAUGAAACACAACAUGUCUGGAAAUAUAAUGGAUGCUCAGCUAAGUCACAGCUGUGAACUUGAGUUUGCCGGACUUUCCUCAAAGUCAAAUUGUGAGACACAAAUAAAUUCUAAGCCUCUCCGUUUUGGCAGCACCAUUCGUACCAUGGCACUUCCUUUCAGCCUUACUGUUGAUGCUCUUGUCAAUGGUGACGGAGAAAUAAAUCUAGAUGGGAAGCACACUGGACAACUGUAUAGCAACUUGCUAGUUAAAGCUGAGCCCCUAGCUCUUGCAUGCUCACAUGACAGCAGAGUAUCAACCACACAUAUGCUUUCAAGGGGGGAGUCUUUCACCAAGGUAGACAACAAAUUUGAUGGUCUCCUGACACCAAGUGACCAAUCUCUGACAUGGAAAGUUAAAUCUCAACUGAACAACCAUGCUUAUAAUCAGAACUUCAGUACUUACAAUAAUCCUGAGAAUACUGGAUUAGAGUUUUCAGGAGUAAUGCUAACAGACAUUUUCAGCAAAUUCAGUAAAAAUAAGAGAUCAUUACCAGAAAUACAAGAAUUCAGUAUGGCUGGUGUCCUCAAAUAUGACAAGAACAGUGAUUGUCAUGUCAUUGAGAUCCCAUUCAUCGAGAACUUUCCUGCGGCUUUUGAGCAACUCAAAAACACACUUGUACAGGCGUUAGAAUCACUUCAACAGUUCAUCAACAAUUUAGAUGUUAAUCAAAUAAUCAUUGACUUUAGAGCCAAGUUAGACCAGCUACCAAUCCAAGUGAGUUCCUUCAUGCGAAAAAUGGACCUGGAGAACAAAAUUAGUCAAGUAAAAGCAAAACUUGAUUAUUUGAUAGAUGACUUUGAUAUAACAAUGGAUGACUUGGAGGCUGCAAUGAACAACUUGAUAAAGAACUUGGAAAUUUUUGUGAUGGACAUUGUCACCAACAUCAGAGACUUCAUGCUUAGAGUCAAAGGCUAUAUCAAGGCUGGACAUAUUACUGACAAGAUAACAAGUAUUGUUUCAAAGAUUGGAAAUCAUCUUCAGUCCUUUGAUAAGAAGUAUAAAAUCAAGCAGUCACUCGUCAAAGCACUUGAUGCCGCUGAAGACAUCAUCAGACAGAUUGAUUUGCAGAAACUCACAGAAAGCAGUGCUGCCUGGCUGCAAGAGCUUGAUUCUAAAUAUUUAAUCUUGGAAAAAAUCAAAGAUAAGCUGUUUGAAAUGAGACAGACCAUUGAGAACUUUGACAUCAACAUGUUUUUACAAGAUGUAAAAAAUUACCUUCUCUCACUUGAUUUGGCCAUGUAUGUUGAACAUCUAUCAUAUAAAAUCCCCUCUUCAGAGAUAUCAAAAGUGAUGGAAUCUAUGAAUGAUGUUAUUGUCAACUGGAUUGAUGAGUAUGACAUCGCCAACAAACUCAGUACAAUGUAUUCUUACAUCAGAGAUCUAUUUUUAAAGUAUGAUCUUGAUGAUAAACUUAAAGAAUUAAUGGAUCAAGUAGUGAUUCUCAUCAAGGAAUUCAAAAUUGAUGAAACUGUGCAGUCAGUGGUAGAUGCUCUGAAAUCUAUCAAAUUUGAAUUUGUUUAUGAUAAAAUUAUGCAAUUUCUGUAUAAUGUGACAAGUAAACUCAGAGCAAUUGACUUUAAGAAAAGCAUUGAUUACCUUGAUGAAUGUAUUUCUUCAAUGCUUAAGUUAAUGAAGGAAUUUGACUACAGUGCAUUUGUUGAUGAGACCAAUGAGAAGAUCGCUGAUCUGACAAACUAUCUCAAUGAGCAGAUUAAAACAUAUGAGAUUGUGCAAAAAAUUGAGGCAGUUAGGGAUUUUUUCAGAGAGAUCCAAAGUUCUAUCUUCACAUAUUUGGAUAAGCUCAAAAACACAAAGGUGGCUGAUGCACUGAAGAAACUGAAAAAGGUGAUUUACACUACAUUUUAUAAUGACAUCAAGAUGAAAGUGGAGGAUAUCCUUGAAGACAUGAAACAAAGAAUACUCAACAUGGAUAUCAGAGAUGAAAUGUACAUUUAUCUCCAAAGAGCAAGUGAGUCCUAUCGCAACAUGGUCGCCUACAUUUCUAUGCAGUUUAACCGACUGAUAGAGGAGAUUGGAAAAGUGGCGAAGGACAACAAGAUCAUCAUCCAAAUGAAGCCAGCUGUAGAUAGAGUUCUGGGUGCACUAAAAACUGGCAAGAUUGAAGUUCCCACUUUUACUGUACCUCUCACUGACCUUGUCAUUCCAGCUUUUACAAUCAACCUGAACAAACUGCAGGAGAUCAGAAUCCCACCUCAAAUUACAGUCCCUGAAUUCACCAUCCUCAGCUCCUACAGAAUUCCUUCCUUUACUAUAGAUUUUGAUGAGAUCAAAGCAAAAAUAGUUGCAACCAUAGAUGACAUGAUGAAAUUUGAGAUCCAAAUGCCUGACCCUGAGGAAAUCUUUGGUGACCUAAAAGUUCUUUAUCUAUCUGAACUGCCAGAUCUCACCUUCCCAGAAAUAACACUUUCAGAAAUCAAAUUUCCAGCUAUCACCAUCCCCACAUUAAAUCUGAAGGACUUUGAAAUCACAAUGCUUUCAAUCCCAGUGAUUAAAUUGCCUGAGGUUCCCAGUGACAUUUGUCUCCCAGUUUUUGGCAAACUCCAUGGAGAAUUUAGGGUGAACUCCCCACUGUACACUCUUGUAACUACCGGGAAGAUUGAGAACUCAACAUCAACACCAAAGCACCCACAAUUUACAACCACUAUUACUUCUCAAUGCACAUCACCCUUUAGGCCGCUUGAAUACACCUUUGAGGCCACUGCUCAGUUGGAAGCACCAAGAAUGAAGAAGUUGCUAUUCACAGAAACAAUAAAAGUUACACACAUGGCCUUCUCCACUGAUCAUGAAGGAUCCUUGACACUCACUGGCAAUUCUGCUGAGGCUUCUGCUAAGACUACUACUAAGGCCACAACCCCAAUGUACAAUGCAGUCUUGGACAACAACAUGUCACUGACAUUGAAGAAUGGAGUUUCUGCAACCAUAGGCACAACCUAUGAUCAUAACUUGGAUAUCCCAUCAAUUGAAACUUCAAGUCAGGCAUCAAUAAAACAGAAUAUUGCAGCCUCAGUGGACUCUGGCCGAAUUACUGUGACCAUUGAAACUACUGGUGAUGGAAAGUGGUCUAUUCAAGACUACUUGGAUGAAGGUACGCACAAAAGCAAUGCAGAAUUUAAUAUCAAUUUUAGCACUGCCAAGUUAACUUUUGCAGGAGAAACAGACUGUAAAGCAUUAAAAUCAAAGCAAACACUGACUGCUGAAUCAGUGAUCUUAAGCCAUAUUACAGUUGAAGGAAGGUGUGAAACCGAAGUUCCAUUUGUGAAGAAGAGUCUUAUGACUUUAAAUGGAGAGGCUCAUAUGAGGCUCAUGGAGGUUAUACUGGUAGCUUCUCAUGAUGCUGAAUUCACUGGAAAUCUAGCUGGAUCCAUGACAAACUUGUUGGAAUUCAUGGCAGAACCAUUUGCAAUCGUGCUUGACAUGAAGAAUAAAAUAAGUUCAAAAAUUUUCUUCCCACUGAAACUCACUGGCAAGGUGGAUCUCCAGCAUGAUUAUAGUGUCAUACUAAACUCUGAGAGGCAGCAUGCUUAUUGGUUUGCUUUGACAAGAUUCAACCAGUACAAGUACAAUCACAACCUCACAGCAGAAAACAAUGAAAUGGACAUCUUCUUUCACUUAUCAGCUAAUGGAGAGGCUAAUCUAGACUUUUUGACUAUUCCUCUCUCUAUCCCAGAUAUUACUGUUCCUUAUCUCAAAAUUAAAAUCCCUGAAGUCAGAGACCUCUCCUUGUGGGAAGAUGCUGGAUUCAAAACCUUUCUUACUACUCCUCAACAGUCAUUCGAUAUGAACCUGAAGCUUAAUUACUACAAGAACACUGAUGCACACAGCUUUGAAUUACCCCUACAACCAAUCUACAGGGUAAUCACUGACAGUGGCAACAUCAUACAGACUCAAUUUGAAAAUUGCAGAGAUAAAGCAGUUGCACUUCUAAAAGAUUCUUACAACCAAGCGAAGUCACAGUAUAUCAAACACAAAAUUGACAUUUCUAACCUACCUCCUAGAAACGUCAUUGUCCAUGGACACAAGAUACCAGUGCUGAAUAUUGAGGUUCCUACUUUCAGGGCUGAAAUGCCUGCAUUCGGUUACUUUGUUCCCAAAGAGGUCAGCACACCAAGCUUCAAAGUUCCAGCAUUGGGGUUCUCCGUGCCAUCCUAUACCCUUGUGCUACCAUCUUUGUUCCCUGUCAUUCAUGUUCCAGAAACUUUAAAUGAAAUGAAGUUGCCCACUUUAAUACUACCAUCCAUUCAGGACAACAUUCUGAUACCGGCCAUGGGUAACGUAACUUGUGACUUUUCCUUCAAAUCUACUAUGAUUACAUUAAGUGCUAAUUCUGGCCUUUACAACCAGUCCGACAUUGUAGCUCGGUUCAGUGCUUCCUCAACAUCUGUGUUUGAGAUUUUGAAUGGAAAAAUUGAUGGUACCACCAGUUUGACACAGAAGAGGGGAAUAAAACUGGCAACCACAGUGUCUCUGGAGCAUAACAAUGUGGAAGGAAACCAUGAAUGUGCUAUUAGUCUCACCAAAAGGAGCAUGGAAGCUUCUCUAGCCAACGCUGCAAAAAUAAAUCUACCUUUCCUCAAUCUGGAAUCAAAUCAGGAACUCACUGGAAGUACCAAGUCCAAGCCAAAUGUGACUUUCAAGAAAAAACUAAAAUACAUAUUCAACAUUCCUCUGAUUGAGUCUGCAGGCAAAGGACAUUUUGAUAUGAACUGGGCACUAGAAGCACUUUCUUCGUAUGUGUCACUAGAAACCUCAACCCAAGCGAAGUCAGACCUAACAAUAAUGGACAGUGGUAAUUUUGCUGGUAAUCUAGAAAAUAAGGGUGAUUUCUAUCUGAAUGCUAAUAGCCUGCGUGCAACUGUUAGAACUGCCUUAAACUCAAACAUUGACAAUCAGGAGAAACAAAAACGCAGCUCAAACAGCAACAUUUUCCAUUUUGACAUGAAUAAAAAUUUGGCUCUUGAGGUUACUUGGCGGCGUUCAUUCGCAAAAGUCGAUUACACAAGCAACAACAAUGUCGAUUUUGCAUUUUUCAACACAAACGGAAAGCAUGUUGUUAAAGCAGAGCUAGAUUUUGUUCCUUUAACAACCUUCACAACUACACUGAACAUUGAUGCAAGUCAACCAAGCAAUUUUGGUCAUGCUGGACUCAUUCAGAGCAUCAUCCUUUCCAUCAACUCAGCAAAGCAGUCAUUCAGCUGGAGCAGUAACGAACAGCUGGCAUCUGUCAUCCAUGCUUGUGAUCUACAUGUGUCCAAUGAUGAAUCUGAGGUUCGCAUGGACUUGACACAAUCAGUAGAAGGCCACCUGGCUUUCUUGAAGUCAGUUAAGCUUCCUGUAUAUCAGAAAACCCUCUGGGAUGUGCUCAAGUUUGAUCAGGUCACAAAUAAGGACAAUUUACAGUUCCUUAAUAUCUCUUCCAGCAUUGUAUACACAAAGAACAUGGAUGGCCAGGAAUAUGCAAUACCAUCUAAACUAUUUGAAAACGGCAUCACUUUUAGUGUUCCUGAGAUUAGCAUUGCAGUACCUUCUUGGGUAAAAGGAAUUCCACACUCUAUAAGGAACCUAGAUAUGAGGUUUGAAAACCCUGAUGUCCCUGAUCAAUUUAGUUUUCCUCCUGUAAUUUCAGUUCCAGCCUUUGAUGUACCAUUUACCAACUUGCAAGUGGAACCAUUUACCAUUGAUCCUAAAAAUGUUAAAAUCCCUAAGGUAAUCACUACCACAGCCUUUGAAAUCAUGCUGCCUGGAUUGCCAACAAUAUCAGUGCCUAGUUACGAUGUUAGAACAGAGUACUUACAAGGAAAAAUGUCAUACCUUUCAUUCAAGAUGCCACAAUAUGCAGUCACUGUCUCAUCCUUCACACUACCAAAAUCCUUUACCAUUGGAGAGCACACAAUCAGCCUAACUGAUAUCAUAGGCCAGAUUUCAAACUUUGAACUUCCAACCAUCGCCAUUCCAGAGCAAAACAUUGAAAUCCCUGAAAUUGACCUACAUCUGCCUUCAAGUGUGUUUAUCCCAGCUUUUGGGGUCAUCAGUGCCACUUUGAAGGUUUCCUCCCCUAUUUAUAAUGUGUCAACAACUGCCAACCUGGAGAAAAAGGACUCCAGGCUUGUAACAUCAAUGAAUUCUAUCUGCACUUCAACCAUGAUACUCUUGGAAUAUGACCUCUCUGCCAGUGCAACCCUUGGAUUUGAUAAUGGAGUAAUUAAUCUAAAUGGAAAGUGCAACUUGAUUCACAAUGAUGUAAAUGUGGACUGGCAACAUGUUUUUGCACAAAAUCUGAGUUUUUUUCUCAGGAUGAAGCGCCAAACCCCUCUGACUGAUUCAGUGGAGUCUCGUCAUACUCUCAAUGUUGACAUCAACAGCCGAACAUUUUUUGACGUGAGCUUGCGCUAUGCUUCCCGCAAAGAUGGCAUCACUGCAUCAAUGUCUUCCCCAUCAUCUGGCUUCUUGGGAUUGCAUCUUCAGCGGAGGUCUAUGUCACAAUUGUACGGAAAACUGUUCUGUCGCUACUUGUCUUCUCCUGAAAAGGAUACUGAUGUUUUCACUGCCAAAGCCACACUAAAAAACACUCAGAAGUUGAUCUUACAGACAUCAUGGAAUUGGGACUUCCUCCAUGACCUAAUUGAAGGGACCAAGGACAAGAUUCCUAUUAUGACCGAUCCUGUGCUCAAGUUCAUUAACAAGUAUCACACUGACCACUUUGGUUUUGAUCUCAACCGUGGUGGCUUAAAGCUGAAAAACACAGUUUCCAGUGUCAUAGAUAGAGCCUAUCACGAGGUCCCUAUGUCUUUUAACACACUACAGAAUUCAGUCAAACACCUUGCUGAUCAAGGAAAAGACAUGUACGUAGAGGCUUCUGACAGCUUCAUGUCCUUGAGAGUGCAGAAUAUUAUAGACAGGUUGGCACGCAAGGCCAGAGAAGUCUUGAAAUUUAGCGAAGUUAAGAUUUAUGCUUUGCUAGAUGCAGUUACUCAGUUUUUGAGUCACACAAAGUUUACAGUACCCGGAUCUGAAGAGAAGCUCUCGAGUCUGGAGAUGUUCCAUAGAGCUCGUCGGUCUGUAUCAAGAGCCACUGACGGGGCAGUCCAAAGGAUUGCUAGCCUCCUGGAGAACAUUUCAAAAUACAUCAGGGAAAUAGACUUCACCAUACCUGGAACUGAUGUUGCUGUGAAUGGAAAUGAGAUCGUGGAUGAACUGAAGUCUUCUGCAAGAUUUGUAUAUGAUCAGCUAAAACAUUCAGUGGGUAGGGGGAUCCAUUUCCUUCACAAGACAGUAACUGACCUCCUCCAGGUGAUUGCUGAAAAAGGAGAGAGUUUCAUCACUUACCUACAAGAUGAAAACAUGGAAAUUGUUUCACAAGUUGAUGCUAUUCAUGCAGAGAUUUUGAAGUCUUCAAAACAACACAUUGAGGAGGCAAAGAGAUGUGUUACUGAGUAUAAAGACCUCACCAAAGCGAAAAUACAAGAAGCAUAUAAUUCUUUAAAUAUGGAGCGUGUAAAUAAUGAUACCAAGGAGGUUAUUAAUAUUUUUCAGUCACAUCUCUAUGGGGGACUUAAUGAAGCUGUAGAUCUAAUGAGAAGGACUUCCCACAACACAGCACCAUACAUUAAAGUAAGCAAUACAAAGAUGGACAUUGAAAUUCCUUUACCCUUCCAUUGGAAGUCUUUCAGUGAAUGGCCGAAGCUAUUCAGGCACUAAAUCAUACCCCUGUUGAUUAAACUGUUUUAUUACGUCUGACCAAAUGAUGUCAAAAAAUUCUUAAAGGGGUUGUAACACACAUGAAACACAUACAAAUAAAUAUUAUGUGAGGUUUCUUUCAA